AUGUCUGCAAUUAGAAGAAGAAAGCCCAUCAAUGAAUCCGACAAAACCUCAGAAGCAUCAGAUUCAAAACCCCAAAAGGAGAAGGAAGAAGAACAACACGGGGAUGAUGAUGGCAGUGAUAAAGACAAGAAAAAAAUCCCAUCCAAGAUCAAGAAGAAACACGAAAAGAAACCACCCAAGUGGUCGUGUUUGGACUCGUGCUGUUGGUUCAUUGGUUGCAUAUGCGUAACGUGGUGGCUUCUGUUGUUUCUUUACAAUGCAAUGCCGGCUUCAUUUCCGCAGUACGUAACGGAGGCUAUAACGGGGCCCUUACCGGACCCGCCUGGUGUGAAGCUGAAGAAAGAAGGGUUAAAGGCUAAGCAUCCAGUGGUGUUUGUGCCAGGGAUUGUGACUGGUGGGCUUGAGUUGUGGGAAGGGCGGAAGUGUGCUGAAGGGUUGUUUAGGAAGCGGUUCUGGGGUGGCACUUUUGGUGAAGUCUACAAAAGACCUCUAUGCUGGGUGGAGCACAUGUCAUUAGAUAAUGAAACUGGAUUGGAUCCUUGUGGUAUAAGAGUGAGGCCUGUCUCUGGACUUGUGGCGGCAGACUACUUUGCUCCAGGCUAUUUUGUGUGGGCAGUUCUGAUUGCUAACUUGGCACGUAUUGGGUAUGAGGAGAAAACCAUGUAUAUGGCUGCCUAUGAUUGGAGACUCUCAUUUCAAAACACUGAAGUACGUGACCAAACACUAAGCCGUAUUAAGAGUAAUAUAGAACUGAUGGUGGCUACAAAUGGAGGGAAAAAGGCUGUUGUCAUUCCACAUUCCAUGGGUGUUCUGUAUUUCCUACAUUUCAUGAAGUGGGUUGAGGCGCCUGCUCCAAUGGGUGGUGGAGGUGGACCAUAUUGGUGUUCUAAGCAUAUUAAAGCUGUGGUCAGCAUUGGUGGACCAUUUCUGGGUGUUCCAAAAGCAAUUGCUGGGCUUUUCUCUGCUGAAGCAAAGGAUAUUGCAGUUGUCAGGGCUAUUGCACCUGGUAUUUUGGAUAAUGAUAUAUUUCAGCUUCAAACAUUGCAACAUGUGAUGAGGAUGAGCCGCAGUUGGGAUUCAACCAUGUCGAUGAUACCAAGAGGUGGGGACACAAUAUGGGGUGGUUUAGACUGGUCACCAGAGGAAGGCUAUUCUUGUGCCAAAAAAAGAGAAACGAAGAAUGAGACGCAGAUUGCAGAAGAAGCUGGUUUUGAAAGUGCAGUUUCUCAAACAAGAAGUGCAAAGUAUGGAAAGAUUAUAUCCUUUGGAAAAGAUGUUGCUGAGGCACCUUCAUCUGACAUUGAGAGGAUAGACUUCAGGGAUGCUGUUAAGGGUCGUAGUGCCGCAAACACCACUUGUCGAGAUGUGUGGACUGAGUACCAUGACAUGGGAUUUGGAGGUAUCAAUGCUGUUGCUGAGUAUAAAACUUUCACUGCUGAAUCAAUUGUCGACCUGCUUCAUUUUGUUGCUCCAAAAAUGAUGGCACGUGGUACUGCUCAUUUCUCCUAUGGAAUUGCUGACAAUUUGGAUGACCCCAAGUAUAAGCACUACAAGUAUUGGUCAAAUCCAUUGGAAACAAAGUUGCCAAAUGCACCUGAGAUGGAAAUCUUUUCUUUAUAUGGAGUUGGCCUACCAACUGAAAGAGCAUACAUUUACAAGUUAUCUCCUGCUGCUGAGUGUUAUAUUCCUUUUCAGAUUGAUACAUCUGCUGAUGAUGAAGAGACCUGCCUGAAGGAUGGUGUGUAUUCUGUGGAUGGAGAUGAGACCGUACCAGUUUUAAGUGCAGGUUUUAUGUGUGCUAAAGGUUGGCGGGGUAAAACCAGGUUCAAUCCUUCUGGAAUUCGAACAUAUAUUAGAGAAUACAGCCACUCUCCUCCGGCCAACCUAUUGGAGGGGCGUGGCACCCUUAGUGGUGCUCAUGUUGAUAUAAUGGGAAAUUUUGCAUUAAUUGAGGAUGUUAUAAGGAUCGCAGCUGGGGCUUCGGGUGAAGAAUUGGGAGGGGAUCAAGUUUAUUCUAAUGUCUUUAACUGGUCUGAGAAGAUAGACUUGCAAUUAUAACUUUCACUGGAGAUUGUGACUCCAGAAAAUUCUCCAGGUGGUGUGGUGAAAUGGCUGCUUUUUUUAAUUGUGUUCCCCGACCAAAUGACUAUAAAGUGAAUUAUCAUUUUCCUUGUAUGUAUUUGGGGAGUGAUUGGUUGGUAGUCUCGUUUUAAGUCUGGUUAUUGGUUUGUAUAUCUCAUUUUCUGAGGAAAGUGCUACAGCUAUUUGUUCCCCUCAUAUCAUUUAAACUCUAAUAUAAUUUUAAAUUUUUUCAAGUUUUUUAAAA